UGGUAACUUCUGUUAACAAAAUUAAUAACCCUUGUUUGAUAAAUGUCUUUAUGGAGGGAAAACCUAUCCAAAUGGAGGUUGAUUGUGGUUCGUCGGUAACAGUUAUGGGCAAACAACAAUAUGAUUUUAAUUUUUCGAUGCCUCUGAAUCAAUCAGGGAAGAAAUUAGUGGUAGUAAACGGGGAUAACUUGGAAAUAAUGGGAGAAAUAAAUGUUUCAGCAAUGUAUAAAGGUAUACAGACCAAUUUAACACUGGUGGUUAUUAAUUGCCAAAAUAGUUUUAUUCCAUUAUUAGGUCGGGAUGGUUUGGACGUUUUUUUUCCAAUUGGAGGCACUUUUUCACAAAUUCUAUAUCUGAAAACGAUAAUGAGAAACGGAUGACUGAAAUAGUUCAUGAAAUAAAGCAAAAAUUUUCUAGUGUAUUUGUCAAAGACUUCUCUGUGCCUAUUCAGGGUUAUGAAGCCGAUUUAAUCUUAAAAGAGGACAAACCAAUAUUCAAGAGGGCCUAUAACGUUCCUUAUCGGUUGAGAGAGAAAGUUCUACUAUAUUUAAACAAAUUAGAGAAUGAAAAAGUUAUAACGCCUUUAAAGACCAGUGAGUGAGCAUCCCCGGUGGUAAUUGUAGUAAAAAAGAACAAUGAUAUAAGAUUAGUAAUUGACUGUAAAGUGUCAAUAAAUAAAUGUUUGAUUGCUAACACAUAUCCUCUGCCUACGGCACAGGAUUUGUUUGCCGGAUUGGCUGGAUGUAAAGUUUUUUGUUCACUGGAUCUAGAGGGGGCAUACACCCAACUCUCCUUGUCGGAAAAGUCCAGAAAAUUUAUGGUUAUAAACACGAUCAAAGGAUUGUAUACGUAUAACAGAUUGCCCCAAGGUGCCUCCUCUAGUGCUUCGAUUUUUCAGCAAAUAAUGGAGCAAGUUUUGCAGGGUUUGGAUAAAGUUUAUUGCUAUUUAGAUGAUGUUCUCAUUGCGGGUACAGACUUACAGGACUGCAAAGGCAAAUUAGAAAAUGUUUUAACAAGGCUAUCGGAGGCAAAUAUAAAAGUUAAUUGGGAAAAAUGUAAAUUUUUCGUAAGUGAGCUGCCAUAUUUGGGACACAUUAUCGGAGAAAAAGGUUUACUACCAAGCCCGGACAAAAUUUCCACAAUAAAAGAUGCGAAAGUGCCUGAAAAUGUAACGGAAUUGAAAUCCUUUUUGGGGUUAAUAAAUUAUUACAACAAAUUUAUACCGCAUUUAUCAUCCAAGUUAUAUUAUUUAUAUAAUCUUUUAAAAAAGGACACAAAAUUUAUUUGGGAUGCAAACUGCAAUAAAGCAUUUAAAGAGAGUAAAGAAUCAUUGAUAAAAACUAACUUUUUGGAAUUUUACGAUCCAAAGAAACCCAUAGUUGUCGUAUCGGAUGCAUCAGGGUACGGUCUUGGUGGGGUAAUUGCUCACAUAGUGAAGGGUGUCGAGAAACCAAUUUGUUUCACAUCCUUUUCGUUGAACUCAGCGCAAAAAAAUUAUCCAAUCCUACAUUUGGAGGCUCUGGCAUUAAUUUCUACAAUAAAAAAGUUUCAUAAGUUUUUAUAUGGACAACAUUUCACGGUUUAUACUGAUCAUAAACCUUUGGUGGGGAUUUUUGGCAAGGAGGGUAAAAAUGCAAUUUUUGUUACUAGACUUCAGCGUUAUGUUUUAGAAAUGUCAAUCUACAAUUUCGAUAUCCAAUACAGACCAUCAUCCAGAAUGGGAAAUGCGGAUUUUUGCUCGCGUUUCCCAUUGAAGGAAGAAGUUCCUAAAUAUCUAGACGAAGAACUCAUUAGAAACAUUAAUUUCGGAAGGGAGUUUCCCAUAGAUUCAAAAAAGAUAGCCGAGGUAACUAGAACUGACGAAUUCCUAAUGGAAAUUAUAAAAUUCAUAAAAACUGGAUGGCCCAAAAGAGUUGACAAACGUUUUGUUGACGUAUGUUCUAACCAACAUGAGUUAGAAAUAAUAGAUGACUAUCUAUUAUAUCAAGACAGGGUUGUGAUUCCGCAAGUUAUGCAAAGCGGGAUCCUCAAGCUGUUACAUGCCAACCAUGCGGGGGUUGUAAAGAUGAAGUUAUUGGCCAGGCGAUCCGUGUAUUGGUUUGGAAUAAAUAAGGAUAUUGAAAACUUCGCUAAGCAGUGUGAUAUUUGUAGUAGUAUGACUGUGGCACCAAAACAAAAAAUCGAAUCUAAAUGGACGCCAACAACAAGACCCUUUAGUAGAUUACACAUAGAUUUCUUUUAUUUUGAACAUCGAACAUUUUUGUUGGUAGUCGAUAGCUUCUCCAAAUGGAUUGAGGUUGAGUACAUGAAAAGUGGAACGGAUUCUGGAAAAGUCCUAAGAAAAUUGGUGGCUAUUUUUGCCAGGUUCGGUUUACCGGAUGUUUUGGUUUCGGACGGGGGCCCCCUAUUCAAUUCUUAUGGUUUCGUAAAUUUCUUAGAAAAGCAAGGUAUAAAAGUUUUUAAAAGCCCACCGUACAAUCCGUCUAGUAAUGGUCAAGCUGAGAGAUUGGUUAGAACGGUAAAAGAUGUAUUAAAAAAAUUUCUAAUGGAACCAGAAACAAAGGAAUUGAAUUGGGAGGAUCAACUAAAUUUAUUUUUGUUCAAUUAUAGAAAUAGUUGCUUGACAAAUGGGGGGGAUUUCCCAUCGGAAAGAAUUUUCAAUUAUACGCCGAAGAAACUUAUUGAUCUGCUAAAUCCAAAAAGACAUUAUAAAAAGCAGUUAUUAUUACCACACCCUCCCGGUGAUGAAAAGUCAUCUAAACCCCCUAUUGAUAAUAAUGCUGAUCCUUAUGACAAUCUGAUGGAAGGUGAUGUGGUGUGGUAUAAAAACCAUAACCCUCACGACCACAGAAAAUGGUUAAAAGCAAAUUUUUUAAAACGUUUUUCUAAAAAUACCUUCCAGAUUUUAAUUGGAAACGUGCCAGUAAUGGCACACCGUAUCCAGAUGCGGAUUAGCCAUACCUCCGAAGGAAGAAACCCGAUGAUAUCCUGGGUGCCGUGUGAAGAUAAAAGGAGUGGAAGGAAAAGUUUGAGUAAUGAGGAGGACUUCAGGGGAUUUCCUGAGCAUGAACAGGAGAGAAAAGGAGAAAAGCGUAAAUUUAACUUCGGGCCGGCGGAUUUGUCGGAUUCGGAAUUAAGAAGAUCGAAACGUUUGCGAAGAGCAAAUUUCGAUACUGAUUUUGUUUAUAAAUGAUCAAAGAUCGUUCGAUUUAGAUUUUUUUUACUAAUGUAAUGUCGAGUUAAACUGAUGAAUUGUAUUGCCAGAAAACUUUUGCUUGAAAUGAAUUUCAAAAUUGUCAGAAGUAAAUAUUUAAGCAAAUAAUACAUAUAAUUAUUGUACAAUAUUUUAGAUUAGUUUUCUCUAAAAGGGAAAGUGCUGAUGUGUAUACCUUUUAUAUAACAUCAUGUUAUUUACGUAACGCACGUAUAUGCUGUCAGCAAGGGCUGAGUAAAAAUAUAGCAGUCCGAGACUGCAUUGCUAUUUGGAAGCUAAAACUAUCAACAAGUGUUUUUUUACUGGAUCUCAACCGAAAUUACUCCUUGGGUCUCUAAGGUCGUCGUUCGCUUUGGAGUCCGCUUUUACUUAUUUGACUGGUAUAAAAUAAAGAUUUAUUUACUAUUUUGAGACUCGAAGGGAAGUUUAAUGUAAAAUUGAUCGGAUUUGACGACAAACAACACUUCUGGACGGGCACCGAUACUUUUUGUUGCUGAAAAGAGGAGGGGGACGAUGUGGAUUAACAGGAGAUGAUCUUGAAAAACAAUGUUCAACUCCCAUAUUUUGUAAAACAAGAGCAGUGAACGAAUUUCAAGAUAGUGACCCUAUGAAAAUAAUAUAGAACCAUAUCGAUCUAACACGAAGUUCUUGAUCGAUUUUUUCUCUAAACUGUGAUGAAAGUCUGCGAAAUAGAGUUUAAUUAUUAUUAAGUUCGGGACUUAAAAAAAUUGACAAAACAUUCUUGAAAUGUUUUACAUUAACAAAAUUCAAAGAAAAUAUAUGAGUUUUCGAAAGUGAGUACAAAUACAAAUAAUUUGGUUAGAACCUACCCAUUACUAGAAAAAUAAAUUGUUUUGUUUGUGUGGUUCUAGACAAUAAACUUCAAACGUGUUUUUCUCGAGAGCACAUUUUAAAAUAUUAUAUCCAUCGUCAUUUCAAAACUUUUUCAACAAUUAUUUUCAAAUUUUGCACAACUCCUUUACCACACUUUAACGUUUUUCUUCUCUUUUUUUUCUUGUUACUUCGAGGAGGUUUUGCAGCUACGAAAUAACGGAUUUUGCCUUUCUCAUAUAGAAAGGUUAUGCAAUCACUUUUGGUAGGUUCGGUCAAUCCUUUCCUUUCCUAGAAUAACUGAUGGUGUCGUGUCAAUCCACGAAUCCAUACUGUUUUUCAAUGCUUCGUAUGUAGUUAGACAUUGUCCAGCUACGUCAGUGAGCGGAAAAGAUAGAAAUCCGAAGGCGCCAUAUUUGGGCUGUAUUGCGGGUGAGGUGAUAUUUCCCAUUUCUGCGUUUAGAUAUGAGUUUUGACAGUACAAUGUGCCGAGAAGUAAAUCGGCUUGAUCGGGCCUCUUGCUAGUGUUUCCGGUCGCUUCGGACAUAACGUUUGGCUCAUGUGAUUUCAGACGGUAUAUUUUCUCUGUGAUUUCUGGUGUUUGGGACCUCCGGUCACAAAAUGACGUGAAAAGCAAUUUCAAUGUUGCCAUACGUGGGUCAACAUUCUUACUGAAAAUUUUUGCAUCUCUUCUAAAUUUGAGUAAAAAAUUACUCGAAUUUUUAUAGCUUCGUUUUUUAACUCAUGAAUGAGUAGAUGGAUGGUAACUCAAGUUUGAACUACGUGUACUUUUGAUGAAAUUGUGUAGCGUGUCACUCAAUUUUGAGUUAUGUUCAAUGAGGGUGUAGGAAUCGGCUGCGAAGUCUGUCGAAACAGAAUGGUCAAAUUCUAUAAGAAGAAUUAAUACCAAGACUUUACUGUUCGCAUUGUACUGCUAUGAUAUGAACGACACUUCGACGUAAACAAUUCAAAUGGGCCUAAAAGCCAAUAACACAUUCCCUUUGUUCAUCAUCUCUUUCGAUUAUUUCUGCGUUCUCAUACAAACAUUCGUUAACUUUCUAGUACUGAUAGCAAAAUGAACUUGUCGAGUGUUAUUCUUCACGAAUAAUAAGGAAGUAAUCGUUAAAAUAGAUGAGUUAUUGAAAGAAGAGAAAACAAAGAGUAUCUGCCAUUAACAAUUAAGCCCCCAAAUCGUUUAGAAAAGCUAAAUUUUUCGGGAUAAUUUUCCAUAAAUCACAAAAUAAAAACAAAGACACAUUUACAAAAUAUAAACUCUUCG